AUGAAGUUCCUCUCUCUUCUCCUCGCCGCCCCGGCUCUCGUCUUUGCCAGAGACCUGAGCAGUGAAGUCGUCAAGGGUACUUCUACCCACUAUGGCGGUAACCUGAACGGAGGCACUUGCUCCUUCGUGUCUUACUCGCUUCCCGCCGGCAUCUACGGAACUGCCUUUUCCGGCUCCAACUGGAACUUGGCUGGCAACUGUGGUGCCUGUAUCGAGGUUACUGGCCCUAACGGCAAGAAGAUCAAGACCAUGAUUGUUGACAAGUGCCCCGAGUGCGACAAGGGCCACCUGGAUCUCUUCCAGAACACCUUUGACGCUGUUGGCGGAUCCAACGGUCUCUGGUGGUUCAGCAUGCAGGUCCGCAACAGCAACGUCCCCGUCAAGAGCCUCGAGGUCAGCACCGACGGCGGCAAGUCGUGGAAGGGCACCACCCGUCGGGACUACAACUUUUUCGAGAACCCCAGCGGCUUCGGAACUCAGACUGUCGAUGUCCGUGUCACUGGCUCUACUGGCGCUACCAUCAUUGUCAAGAACGUCAGCGUUGAGCCCAUGAAGGAGACCAAGGCCGGCUCCAACUUCCCUUAA